AUGGAAGGAGGAAGAGAAUCUGCCUUCAGCAUUAUCACAUUUCUUUGCUGUUGGAGCUCUGCAUUUGGUUUGCUCUCUCCAAAAGGUGUAAACUUUGAAGUGCAAGCUUUAAUGGGCAUAAGAGCUGGUUUGAAGGAUCCUCGUGGGGUUCUUGAUAAUUGGGAUGGGGAUGCUGUGGAUCCCUGUAGCUGGACUAUGGUCACUUGUUCUUCUGAUAGCCUUGUUAUUGGCCUAGGAUCUCCUAGUCAAAGUUUAUCUGGAAUUCUUUCUCCAAGCAUAGGAAAUUUGACGAAUCUUCAAGUUAUACUUUUGCAGAACAAUAACAUUACGGGACCAAUCCCAACAGAGCUAGGAAGGCUUUCAAAGCUUAAAACACUUGAUCUUUCGAAUAAUUACCUGACCGGUAGAAUUCCUCCUUUGGACCAACUGAACAGCCUUCAAUACAUGAGGCUCAACAAUAACAGUCUAACUGGAAAGAUUCCAAUGGCAUUAGCCAACAUGACACAACUUUCUCUUGUAGAUUUGUCGUACAAUAACUUGAGCGGCCCUGUACCUCAUUUUCCUUGUAAGACAUUCAACAUUGUUGGAAAUCCUUCAAUAUGUGCUGCAGGGUUGGAGCCCGAGUGUGCAGGAAUAACAUUGAUGCCUAUGUCAAUGACCUUGAACACUUCAGGAAAUGUUCUUCAUUCUGGGAAAUCGAAAGGUCACAAGCUAACUCUUGCACUCGUUUCAAGCCUCGCUUGCAUCUGUUUACUUAUCCUAGGAAUAGGGCUGUUUCUGUGGACAAGGCACAGACAUAAAAAACAGAAUUUCUUCGAUGUUAAAGAUGAACAACACGAAGCAGUUUCACUUGGAAAUUUAAGGAUGUUCCAGUUUAGGGAACUUCAGACGGCAACCAACAACUUUAGCGGUAAAAACAUUUUGGGAAAAGGUGGAUUUGGACAUGUCUACAAGGGGUAUUUACGAGAUGGAACUGCUGUGGCUGUAAAAAGGCUGAAAGAUGGUAGCGCCAUUGGAGGAGAGAGACAAUUCCAGACAGAAGUCGAGAUGAUCAGCCUAGCUGUUCAUCGGAACCUCCUUAGGCUAUAUGGAUUCUGUAUGACCCCAACAGAAAAGCUAUUGGUUUACCCUUACAUGUCCAAUGGAAGUGUUGCUUCUCGUCUCAAAGCAAAACCAGUCCUAGACUGGGGCACAAGAAAAGGAAUAGCCUUAGGUGCUGCUCGGGGACUGUUAUAUCUCCACGAGCAAUGUGAUCCUAAGAUAAUUCACAGAGACGUGAAGGCUGCAAAUAUACUCCUUGAUGACUACUGUGAAGCAGUAGUCGGAGAUUUUGGGCUAGCAAAGCUUAUGGAUCGUCAAGAUUCACACGUUUCUACCGCUGUACGUGGCACAGUGGGGCAUAUAGCCCCAGAAUAUCUCUCCACUGGCCAGUCCUCUGAGAAGACAGACGUAUUCGGAUUUGGGAUCCUUCUACUUGAAUUGAUCACUGGACAAAGAGCACUAGAAUUUGGCAAAGCAGCUAACCAAAAAGGCGCAAUGCUUGAAUGGGUGAAGAAGCUUCAUCAAGAGAAGAAACUUGACACGUUUGUCGAUAAAGAUUUGAAGAACAACUAUGAUAGGAUUGAGCUAGAGGAAAUGGUUCAAGUGGCACUUUUAUGCACACAAUAUGUUCCAAGACAUAGGCCUAAAAUGUCUGAAGUUGUACGUAUGCUAGAAGGAGAUGGCCUUGCAGAAAGAUGGGAAGUUUCUCAAAGAUUAGACACAAACAAGUAUAAAACCCGAGAACUUUCCUCAUCAGAACGAUUUUCGGACUUAACUGAUGAUUCUUCAUUGCUUGUACAAGCCAUAGAACUCUCUGGUCCGAGGUGA